AUGCUCAGCAACGCCAACAUUCUCAUCACACUAAACGAAGAUGUGCCUGUUCCCAAUGGCAGGUUCAGUCGUAGGAAGCCUAUCCAGACAUCCUUGGAUUCGGAACACGCUGUGCAAGUCACGGAGUACUUUGGGCCUCACGCCAUUUACGGCCCUCAGGGCGUGAGCCUCGAAACCAACGAGAGGGCAUUUCAACCCACCAUAGGAGCUGGCGGUAUGAUUGAACUGGGUGGGAUGGGAACUCGCCGAAAUGUUACUCGUCAAUACUUUGACAGCUGGAUCUUCAAAGGAACACAGAAAAGAGCUAAGGACGGCAUAGGUUUACGGUGUCUCGAAUGGGAGCUUACAGAAAACGACACCGAGAACAAGCCGCUACACAAUCACGUAUUUUACACAGCUUUUGCGUUCGAACACAGCGGGAGGCCAGUUAACAUGUGCGUCGAGAUCGAGGGCCGCCUCAAGAGCACUACCCAACGAGGGAAGCAACGUUUUAGAAUUCGCUCGAGAUCCGGCGACAAAGAUAACGUCAUGGUCACUCAAAUCGAUCUCUCCACAGCGCGAAACGACUUCAACGAGAAGCUUGACCAAUUGGCAUUUGGUCUCAACAUGGAUAUGCAGAGGAUAAAUCUUGAGGCGAUCCCCGUAGAGAUGCCAGGACCUACUCAGGCAACUUUUGAGCAGAUAGCCUCGGACGCAUUACCCGAUGCAGACGAGACCAUUUUGAACGGCUUGGAGGAAGCCUCGGAUGAAGGUAUCAACGAGCUGAAGGAGUUUCUGCUACAAGAAAGUCAACGGCCGCCAGCUUUUAAGAUUUCUCGGCCAGAAUGUAGCGGCAACUCGUCCAGCGGAGAUGAGACCCUGGUCAACGAUAGUAACGACACUAUCUCGACCAAAUCAACCGACUCAAAGCAAAUAGUCUGGCGAAUUCCCGAGGUUAUGAUUCUAGCUCUGAUCAGAUGGUUGAUGUUAAUAUUGAAAGCAAUUGGAACAGAUGACAUCGACCUUACUAGCAUACCCAUGUCUACAGCCACGGGUGGCAAGGUCGUUGCGGAUCGGGGUAUCGCGAUCGACCGUGUGAACCCAGAGCGCUUUAUCCGCAUGUUCGCGUACGGCGCGACCACCCUGCAUCUGGUCGCAUACCUCGAACUCCUAGGCUUCUCGGCCACGCGAAUUGGUCUGUUCAUGGCAUUGACUCUUGUUGGCGAUACUUGCAUCAGCCUGGUUCUCACUUCUUGCGCCGAUGGGGUUGGUCGGAGACUCGUCUUGGCGUUCGGGGCAGCGCUUAUGGUCGCCAGCGGUGUCGCGUUCGGGUUGUGUGGCAGCUUCUGGAUCUUGUUGGCUGCGGCGGUCUUUGGAGUCAUCAGCCCCGGAGGCAAUGAGAUUGGUCCAUUCCGUGCUGUCGAGGAGAGUAUCGUAGCCCAUCUGGCCACUGCCAAUGACAGAAGCGAUGUGUAUGCAUGGUACAGCCUCGUGGGAGCAGCCGGGACGGCAGUUGGAGCCAUGACGAGUGGCUGGACAGCUCAGUCGCUAACUAGUAAUUCCGGCUGGAGCGACGAAGCCGCAUAUCGAGCAGUCUUCUACGGGUAUUCGACGUUGGGUGUAUUCAAGCUCGCGCUAGUCCUGCUGCUCAGCCGCGACUCCGAGGCGGAACCCGAAGCUCAUGACGAAGACGAGACAAGGCCCAUCCUCGGCGCAGAGAGAGCUGAGUCACAGGUUGAGACCGCGGGCUGGAGGCGAAAGCUGGUGCCCGGCAUUCAGAAGAGCAGCUUUCCGGUCGUUAUACCGCUGUGUCUCCUCUUCGCACUCGACUCCUUUGCUUCGAGUCUUACACCACAAUCCUGGAUUGCCUUCUUCUUCCGGUGGAAGUUUGACAUGGACAACGGCCUUCUCGGAUCCAUGUUCUUCGUAUGCAGCUUUCUAGCUGUGGUAACCACCUUGGUUGCAUCCUCUCUGGCGAAGCGUAUCGGUAACCUCAACGAAGACUCCUCCCAGAAACUCCAAGCUUACAAGCCAAACCAGACGAUGGUGUUCACCCACCUCCCCUCCGCAGUAUUCACUGCCCUCCUACCUUUGCCGCAAUCCGUCAACGCUGCGAUAGUUCUCUUGAUUCUGCGGGCUUUAACCCAGUCCAUGGAUGUGGCACCCAGGGCAGCCUUCGUAGCCGGAAUACUGAAACCCAAGGAACGAACCACAGUGAUGGGACUUGUCAAUGUCCUCAAGACGGCUGCGCAGAGUGUAGGUCCCCUCGGCGUUGGAGUGCUGGUGGAUCGUAACCUCUUCUGGGUGGCCUUCGUGAGUGCCGGAUGCCUUAAGGUGGUCUACGACCUGGGCCUAAUGAUUUGCUUCCGGAAGAGCGAGAGACGGGAGGAGGACGGCCCGAUUGCAUAG